AUGCGGUUCAACUUGCUCACAAAGGACUACGAAUAUUCUUUAUCCGACUUAAAAAAAAGAAGAGACUUAGCACAAGAAAAGUCUCAACUUCCUGAAGACGGCAGAUUAAAUUUCACGGGACUAGCGACGAAAUAUGGAUUAGAAACUGAAGAGUUUAACGUGAUAACUGAAGAUAAUUACAUCCUCACGUUAUACCAUAUCCAAGGAGAUAGUACAAAACCAGUUCUGCUGGCUCAUGGCCUCAUUGACUCCGCAGCGACAUAUAUCAUGAGAGGUAACAAAUCAUUAGCAGUCGCUUUGGCUCAAGAAAAUUAUGAUCUUUGGUUUAUGAAUGCUAGAGGCAAAAAAUAUAGUAGAAGACAUUUAUACUUAGAUGCUGAUAAAGAUAGGACUUAUUGGGAUUUCAGUUUUCAUGAAAUUGGUCUAUACGACUUGUCUGCUAACAUUGAUUUUGUGUUGAACAAGAUAAAUCAAAGCCAGCUUACACUCAUCGGAUUUUCUCAAGGCAAUCAGAUAUGGUAUGUGUUGGGAUCUAUGAGACCUGAGUAUAAUGCUAAGGUAAAAGCUGUUAUUGCAUUAGCUCCAAUAGCUUAUAUGAGCCAUGCUCAAAUACCAGGGUUACAGUCAUGGCCACUGUUAAAUCUUUAUCUUAAAGCAAGUGGUUAUGAUGAAAUUUUCGCAGAAAAUUCUAAAAUAACAAAAGCAAUAGAAGCAAUUUGCUCCCAAGUAGAAGUUGGUGCUGAAUAUUGUUUAAAUGGGAUAGUUUAUCCAAUAUCCGGUUAUGAUCCUGUUGAACUGGGAACUGAAUUCAUGCCAGUUAUUAUGGGACAUUGUCCAACGAGUACCGCUAGGAAAGUCUUGAAUCAUAUGGCACAAGUAGCAUUAAGUAAGAGAUUCCAACUAUAUGACCACGGGAUGGUGGAUAAUAUGAAGAUGUAUGGUUCAUUGGAGCCUCCUUUAUAUGCUUUGAAGAACAUUACAACUAAAGUAGAACUCUUUGUAGGGCCUGGUGAUUUGGUUGGAAAAUUGCAGGAUGUGAAAGUAUUGCAAAAUCUACUGCCUAAUUCCUCGUAUCACGAGAUUGAUAUGGCCCUAUGGACACAAGAAAUAAAAUCUCAACUUCCUGAAGACGGCAGAUUAAAUUUCACGGGACUAGCGACGAAAUACGGAUUAGAAACUGAAGAGUUUAAUGUGAUAACUGAAGACAAUUACAUUCUCACGUUAUACCAUAUCCAAGGAGAUAGAACAAAACCUGUUCUGCUGGCUCAUGGUCUCAUUGACUCCGCAGCGACAUAUAUUAUGAGAGGUAACACAUCAUUAGCUAUCGCUUUGGCUCAAGAAAAUUAUGAUCUUUGGUUUAUGAAUGCUAGAGGCAAAAAAUACAGUAGAAGACAUUUAUACUUAGAUGCUCAUAAAGAUAGGACUUAUUGGGAUUUCAGUUUUCAUGAAAUUGGUCUAUUUGAUUUGUCUGCUAACAUUGAUUUUGUGUUAAGCAAGACAAAUCAAACCCAGCUUACACUCAUCGGAUUUUCUCAAGGCAAUCAGAUAUGGUAUGUGUUGGGAUCUAUGAGACCUGAGUAUAAUGCUAAGGUAAAAGUCGUUAUAGCAUUAGCUCCAAUAGCUUAUUUGAGCCAUGCUCAAAUACCAGGAUUACAGUCAUGGCCACUGUUAAAUCUUUAUCUGAAAGCAAGUGGUUAUGAUGAAAUUUUCGCAGAAAAUUCUACAAUAACAAUAGCAAUAGAAGCCAUUUGCUCCCAAGUAGAAUUUGGUGCUGAAUAUUGUUUAAAUGGGAUAGUUUAUCCGAUAUCCGGUUAUGAUCCUGUUGAACUGGGAACUGAAUUCAUGCCAGUUAUUAUGGGACAUUGUCCAACGAGUACCGCUAGGAAAGUCUUGAAUCAUAUGGCACAAGUAGCAUUAAGUAAGAGAUUCCAACUAUAUGACCACGGGAUGGUGGAUAAUAUGAAGGUGUAUGGUUCAUUGGAGCCUCCUUUAUAUCCUUUGAAGAAUAUUACAACUAAAGUAGAACUCCUUGUAGGACCUGGUGACCUGCAAGCAAAUUUUCAAGAUGUGAAAGUAUUGCAAUAUGUACUGCCAAAUUCUUCGUAUCACGAGAUUGAUAUGGCCUUAUGGAGUCAUUUGGAUUUUGUUUGGGGCAAGGAUAUGGACUUAUAUUUAUUCCCACUUGUGUUAGAUGUUGGUGUAGAUAUUAUAAAUUCUGGUCUUUCGGAAGAUGGGAAACUAAACUUCACUGAGCUCACAAAUAAAUAUGGACUGCAAGCCGAAGAGUUUGAUGUGAUAACUGAAGACAGUUACAUUCUCAAAUUGUUUCAUGUCCAAGGAGACAGAAAAAAACCUAUAUUGAUGGCUCAUGGCCUUAUUGAUUCGUCUGAUGCAUAUAUAUUAAGAGGAAACACAUCAUUGGCUGUCGUUUUGGCUAAAGAGGGAUAUGAUCUUUGGUUUAUGAAUGCUAGAGGUAAAAAGUAUAGUAGAAGACAUUUAUAUUUAGACGCUGAUAAAGAUACGACUUAUUGGGAUUUUAGUUUUCAUGAAAUUGGACUAUACGAUUUGUCUGCUAAUAUCGAUUUUGUGUUGAAUAAAACCAACCAGGCUCAGCUAACACUCAUUGGAUUUUCCCAAGGCAAUCAGAUAUGGUAUGUGUUAGGAUCUAUCAGACCUGAGUACAAUGCUAAGGUAAAAGCUGUUAUCGCACUAGCACCAAUAGCUUAUAUGAACCACGUUAAAGUGCCAUUAUUAGCAGGAUGGCCACCGUUAGAUGUUUUCCUUAAAACAACCGGCAAUGAGGAACUUUUCGGAUAUGAUUCUUUAUUGAAUAGAGCAGCGCGAACUGUUUGCACGAAAGUGAGGACGGGUGCUGAAUAUUGUUUAAAUUUUUUUAUUUACCCAAUAUCUGGUAGAAAUCCUGAAGAUUUGGAGCCUGAAUUUAUGCCAACUUUUAUGGGUCAUUGUCCAACAAGUACUGCUAGGAAACUUUUGAGUCAUAUGGCACAAGUAGUGGUAAGUAAGAGAUUUCAGCAAUACAGCCACGGAAUUACGGGGAAUUUGAAAGAGUAUGGUACAUUGAAACCACCAUUAUAUCCUUUGUAUAAUAUUACAACCAAAGUGGAAUUACUUGUUGGACUAAACGAUCUGCAAGCAAAUGUUGAGGAUGUUCGAAUACUGCAUCAGCUGCUUCCUAAUUCAUCUUACCAUGAGAUCGAUAACAAACUUUGGACUCAUCUAGAUUUUGCUUUUGGGAAGAACAUGUACAUACAUUUAUUUCCACUAGUGUUGGAUUUGUUAAAAAAACACAAUUGA